AUGUCGUCGACUAGGAUGCCUGACUCUCUCUUUUGGUACUGUGAAAGGCGAACAAGAAACGAGCCUACUAUAAUUACCCUAGCUCGUGAGUAUUUGUUUGCAGGCACAAAUAUUGAAACCCGGGCAGUGAGUAGCAUAAUAACAAAUGAAAAUAGGUCGGACAAACCAAAUGGGGAAACCUUCUCCAAGACUCUACAGACACCCGAGAAGAGCAGCCCAGCCCCUGCUAUGACCGAGAGAGAUGGCAGUGCGCGUGCUAACUUUGCCAGGUCAAAAUCUAUGAAAUUUGGAUUACCGAUUGGUGAUUACUUGAAGGAAUCACUCUUAGAAUGUUCGCCACAUACAGCUGUCCAGCUUAAGUAA